AUCCCGGCACUCUCUGCGCCGCCUGCACAUUGCUCCCGGCGUCCUCCGCGGCGCUCCCUGUCUGCAGUUCGGUCUCGCAGACUCGGGGCGCUCUCGCCCCACUUCAGGGACUAGACCUGGAGAUGGCUGCCCAGAAAAUAAACGAGGGGCUGGAGCACCUGGCCAAGGCAGAGAAAUACCUAAAAACUGGUUUUUUAAAAUGGAAGCCAGACUAUGACAGUGCCGCUUCGGAAUAUGGAAAAGCAGCUGUUGCUUUUAAAAAUGCCAAACAGUUUGAACAAGCAAAAGAUGCCUGCCUGAGGGAAGCUGUGGCCCAUGAAAAUAAUAGGGCUCUUUUUCAUGCUGCCAAAGCCUAUGAGCAAGCUGGCAUGAUGCUGAAGGAGAUGCAGAAGCUGCCGGAGGCCGUCCGGCUGAUCGAGAAAGCCAGCACGAUGUACCUGGAGAACGGCACCCCGGACACGGCCGCCAUGGCCCUGGAGCGCGCCGGGAAGCUGAUAGAAAAUGUAGAUCCUGAAAAGGCUGUACAGUUAUAUCAGCAGACAGCUAACGUGUUUGAAAACGAGGAGCGCCUCCGGCAGGCGGUUGAGUUGCUAGGAAAAGCCUCCAGGCUGCUGGUUCGCGGACGCAGGUUUGAUGAGGCAGCACUCUCUAUUCAGAAAGAAAAAAACAUUUAUAAGGAAAUCGAGAAUUACCCGACUUGUUAUAAGAAAACCAUUGCUCAGGUCUUGGUUCAUCUGCACAGAAAUGACUAUGUGGCUGCGGAGAGGUGCGUCAGGGAGAGCUACAGCAUCCCGGGCUUCAGCGGCAGUGAGGACUGUGCCGCACUGGAGCAGCUCCUCGAGGGCUACGACCAGCAGGACCAAGACCAGGUGUCGGAGGUCUGCAGCUCGCCCCUCUUCAAGUACAUGGACAACGACUACGCCAAACUGGGCCUCAGCUUGGUAGUGCCGGGAGGAGGGAUCAAGAAGUCACCAGCAGCUCCCCAGGCCAAGCCGGGCGGCGUGGCCACUGCGGCCCCCGAGGAGGAGGAGGAAGAUGAAUACUCAGGAGGACUGUGCUAGUAUUUUGCUUACAAGAAGAAAAGGAAAAGAGGAAGGGAAAUUUUGACAUAACCAUUUUCAUGGACCUGGGACUCAUUAAAAGUUCUCUACUUCUUGAGGUCAUGAUUUUGAAUACUAAUAAAAAUGAUUCUUAGUUACCAUUUCCCCCAAUCUGCCAUUGUAUCUACUACUGUGAUGCAUUUUCUUUUCCAUUGUAAGAACAGGAAUGAGCAGAGAAUGUAUUGUCAUUUUAAUCCACUUGAUUUUAAAGUUUGCAAGCCAAAUUCUAGACAAAUCGUAUGGUAAACAAAGGGCCAGACACAUUGGUACUCUUCUUCUCUGGUGUUCCUGUAAUUUAUUAUUAGAGUAUUGUUUUUUUGUAUUUAAUGCUGCUAAAAGCUAUGUUUACAGGUAAGAGAAUUAUUAUAUUAAAACGUUAUUUUGUUUUGAAAAGGAAGUUUAUUCCCCACGAUACUAGAGGCAUUUAAAUUUUAAAUCCUUUCAGAGAUGAGAUUCAGACAAAGCAGUUUUGAGACUUAGGGUGUUAAGCCCAAGCUUUUAUAUGUGACUUUAUAAAAACUUGGAGGUGUUCUGUGAAGACGGCUCUGCUGUUUCCAGUAUUCUGUGCAGUGUGGGGGAUUCUUGCACUACAAAGGUGCGCUGACCCUCUGGAGACCUCAGGUCCUGAGCACCCAGAAGCCAGCGUCCUGCACACGUUCAGAGAAGGGAGUUGCGUUCCAUCAUCUUAACACCUGUGUUUCUCCUUCUGGUUCGCCUGUUGUUGCGGUUGGACUAUUACUGAACAGGGAGAGUAGCAUACUCCAAAGGUUUGGCUAACAAGGGAGAGUUGUUUUUGAGAGACACGUGUAAAAGCCUGGGCUGCCAGCAUCCUCAUACUUAGUGGUUUCCUGACGUUAUUUUUGAAGCAUUCCUUUUGCAUCCUGUGUGGUUUAGACCUGCCUUGUUGCCUGUUGUCUGAAAGGAGGCUAGGACAGCAGCAAUGUGCCCUGCACGUCCUGUCCCCAGGGUGGUUCUCUCUCCACUCAGUCCCAUCUGGGUCCCUUUAGAGUCUUCCCCUACAGCCUGCUUUGUUUCACUGGGCUUCCUGAAACAAUCAGAAGAGGGCACUGGUGACCCCAGCCACAGCUCUGCUCAGAGGAAGCACCUGUCUCCCAGUGGCCGGGUUCCUGCAAAUGCUAGCUACUGAAGCCUGUGCUUCCCCUGAAGUCACCUGCACAGUUCAGCAGGUGGCAGCUCAUUUUUAUUCAUUGUGUUGAGACUGUGAGCAGUCUGAAUAUGACUGUAUUUAGACAUUUUUAUUUAAGGAUAAGUUAAGCUUUCUAAAAUUUCAUCGCUGCUGCAUGUACCCUUAGGUCCAGGCAGAAACUUCUGGAAUCUCCUGCUAAGGUUCCUUUGAGCAAACUAGUAAUCUGUGUGGGCAGAUUGGCAGUGCUCACAGAUGUCUACCCAGCAUGCUCCUCGGUACAGCCUGUGGGGCCGGGAGCACUUAGUCUUACACACUGAAAAUGGGAAUGAUCCCGGGCAUCAUGAAGCAGCGUGCUGCUGACUUUUGAGCCACGGGACAGCCCUGUCCCACCCUGCACCUUCAGGUUGGAAGUGCCAGCUUCCAGAGAGCCCCUCCAUGUGAGGGUCGUCCUCUGUGAUGUCUGUGAAGAGCUUUUGUUCCACACCUACACAUUUUAUUUUUCCAUCUGUGUGAGUCUCAUCCUGAGAACAUAGUCAGAAAACGAUGUUUACAACAAGAAUAGUUGUUUUCCAGAACUUGUGUCUUCACUUUACCAAAAUGAAGUUCCGCAUGAAUAUGCUCAGAAUCUAGUAUCAGUGUUCUAUAUAGUAAGUAGUAUACACAUAUAUUUAAUAUAUUGAACUAUUUGUACAUAUGCAGAGUAUGGUGUUUGUGUAUGGAAUCUGCUCUAGUCCUAUUUUUUCCAGCUCUUUGACAUUAAAUGUGUUACUACAUAAAUACAGAUUAUUGCUUCUAUAGGAAGAU